GUACCUGGGUUCGAGUUCCGCAGGGCAAUUUGUGAACUUGCUCCACCGGUUUACCCCUGACAAGUUAGGGCUUAUAAAUUCAUUAAAAAAACGGAGUCAUAAUUUAGAAGAGGGAGGGGCGAUUUUUUUUACUGGUUGCAUAUAUAUAUAACUUAGCUAGACACUUUUCAUACAGCCGUUUACAAGUUAACCACCGUUCUUGUGUAUUCCGAGCUAGCAGGAACAGCAACAAUGCCAAACAAAAGCAGAAAAAAGUCUAAGGCGCAAGCUGAGAAGAAGGCUCAAGCUGCAGCCACCGCGUCAAAGGCAGGAGGUGGACCUGGAGCACAGCAAAAAGCACCGGGUGCAGCAGCAGGUUCUACAAGCCAGCCGCAGCCCAAACCAGCACCUGCCCCUGCUGCAGCACAGACAGCCACCAUGAAACCUACUGAAACGAAGGGAACGCAGGCUGCAAAACCAGAUCCUGCCAAGCAGCCAGCAGCUUCCUCUGCCAGUGCACCAGCUGCUGUAAAGCCAAAAGAAACCGCGCCCAAGGAUCAGAAGCCCUCUCUGGGCACUGCUACAGCCACCACCGCUGCUGCUGCUGCUGCUGGCAAGGAAAGUGCUGAGAAAAAAGACAAGGAUGUGACAGGCGCUGUAUCAGCCAGCUUAAAAAGCUCUCCAAAGCCUCCUGCUGACAAGAAAACCAAGGUUGAGGAGAGUUCAGGGAUGUCCUUGGAUGCUUUGGAUGCUCUUGGAGACACACUUGGUGUUGCAGAAGUGGAACCAGAAGCCCCCAAACCUCUUCCUAAAGAUAUCGUUCAGGAAAACUUAACUGCUGAGAAAUAUAAGGGGAGAGUCGGGGAGAGAGAAGACUCGCUUCCACCUAACUAUAGAUUUGGUGGUACUAAUAAAGACACACCCAUACCCAAAGCAAAGGAGGAAGACAAGACCCCAAUGGAUGACAUGGCUGCUCUUGAUGCUCUAUCAGGAGAUUUUGUCUCCCCUGCCACCAGCCUCAAUGUCCACUCUGCACCGGCCCCUUCUGCAGCAACACCAAAGCCACAGCAGAAAAAAGACAAGGAUGUGACCGGCACUGUAUCAGCCAGCUUAAAAAGCUCUCCAAAGCCUCCUGCUGACAAAGCCAAGGUUGAGGAGAGUUCAGGGAUGUCCUUGGAUGCUUUGGAUGCUCUUGGAGACACACUUGGUGUUGCAGAAGUGGAACCAGAAGCCCCCAAACCUCUUCCUAAAGAUAUCGUUCAGGAAAACUUAACUGCUGAGAAAUAUAAGGGGAGAGUUGGGGAGAGAGAAGACUCGCUUCCACCUAACUAUAGAUUUGGUGGUACUAAUAAAGACACACCCAUACCCAAAGCAAAGGAGGAAGACAAGACACCAAUGGAUGACAUGGCUGCUCUUGAUGCUCUAUCAGGAGAUUUUGUCUCCCCUGCCACCAGUCUCAAUGUCCACUCUGCACCGGCCCCUUCUGCAGCAACACCAAAGCCACAGCAGACACCAAUGGACAAUACCUCAGCUCUGGACGCCCUGGCAGGAGAUUUUGUCUGCCCUGACGUCAGCCCCAAAGUGCACUCUGCACCCGCGCCCACAUCUGAAACCUGCGCUGCAGGAAAGCCACCGAAUGCUUCACGGCAGGAGUCCAGAGGCACCACUGCUGCUCUGGAUGCCCUUUCAGACACCUUGCUGCCAGACGAGCUCCCACCCGCACCCAAACCAGUCCCUGCGUCCGCUGUCGUCAAGGAAGCCAAGGUUACCGAGGAAAGACUGGAGAGACUGGGAGACCGGGAUGAUACUCUCCCUCCGGAAUACAGAUUCCUGGUUGAUAAGGACAAGGAUAAGAACGGAGUUAAACCAGAAGAGAAGCCAAAGAAAACAAUGGGAGACAGUGCAGCGUUAGACGCUCUGGCAGGAGAUUUUGACUCCCCUGCAGCCGCCCCUACUGUCCAGUGCAAAGCUGCUCCUACUGUCCAGUGCAAAGCCGCUCCCACUGUCCAGUGCACAGCUGCCCCCACUGUCAAGUCCAGUGCAGCCCCCACUGUCCAGUCCAGUGCAGCCAAGUCUCAGCCAGUCUCACGGCAGGAGUCCAGAGGCACCACUGCUGCUCUGGAUGCCCUUUCAGACACCUUGCUGCCAGACGAGCUCCCACCCGCACCCAAACCAGUCCCUGCGUCUGCUGUCGUCAAGGAUAAAAUGACAGAUAAACACCAGCCAAAGCUGGGAGAGGAUGAGAACACAAUCCCUGAGGAAUACAGAUUUAAAGAUGACAAGGGAAAGGGAGGGAAAGAUGCAAGCAAGCAAGUGGUAAAACCUAAAGAUCAAGCACAGAUUGAUAAAGAAAAAGGAGAUGCCCUUGAUGCCUUAUCUAUGGGAUUUACAUCAGACUCUCCGCCUCAGAAAAAGGCUGAAGACAAGAAAGGGGUCCCCAGCUCUACUCCAGCAGCAGCAAAACCUAAGACACAGAGCACAGACCCAAGUCAACCCCCCAAGGCAAAACAGCAGCUGGCAGAGACAACAACUGAUCCCAAGAAAACAAGUAAAAGCUAAACCCUGAGAGGUGCACAAUUAAAGGGGUUUGUUUUUGCCUCUUUUUGUUACUGGGACUGGGGUUCCAGGCUGCUGUACCAAAUGGCUGAUAGUGUUUUUUUCCUGUAAACUCUCUGUACACUUUGGCUUUCCUGCAAGUUUAAGCACAAAACAACUUGUACUAACCAGAUUGUUUCUCUACCUACGUUGAUAUGUAUAAGCAAUUUUUUCUUCUUGUUUCUGUUGUAUACAUCACAUCUCUGCUGUCAAGGAUAUAUAUAUAUAUAUAUAUAUAUAUAUAUAUAUAUAUAUAUAUAUAUAUAUAUAUAUAUAUAUAUAUAUAUAUCCUUCAACCAGAUGUGUGACUGUGGAGGGCAGUGGAUAUAAAAAGUGUCUCGCCAGUGCCCAUACUCUCCUGUGCAAAAAGCUCAGAACUGCAGCAUUUCUCAAUAGAAGCCCACAGUGCCCUUUACUGGAAACCACUAUCACUGGGUGUUAACUGGUCUGCGCUGGCAGCGUAACCAGCAUUUUGCAACCAUUUACUGGAGGUUUACAAAACUAAUCUCCUUUUUGGGGGGCAGGAAUGUUUCAGUGAUCACUAGCAAGCAGACACAGAUAAUCUGAUAGAAUAUGAAUCAUAGAAUCAGAUCCAUAAGAACAUCAGUAAAGCAGUUAUAUUACAGUCAAGCAGGCAUGCAUGCAUGCAGCACACGCGCAGGUCAGGACAGGCACUUUUAUUAUAUAGGUGAUUUUAACAUGGGAAAUCUAUACACAGGGAUGCAUCGCAGUGCUCACUGUAGACAGGGGGCUAUCCUGUACUGAUGGUCUUUACACCAUUAUUAUUGUAAGCUAUGACAGCAAUGGUGCAUAUUAAGUAAUACCUAAAGAAACUUCUAACUCUCUAUUACAAACUUUUCUAGUAGAAAGUCCUUCUAAAAUGACUUUCAGUCAUAACUGUUGCCCUAGAAUAUCAGUUUAUUUUAGUAUUACUUUAAUAUAACACUUGAGUGUUUCAUAGUUCAGAAUGGUGAUACCACAUAUUACACACCACAUUUCUGUUCACUGGAAAUCCACACCGUGUUCACAACGGAAUCACAAAAUUACAAAUCUGUUUUUGUUUUUUUAAUAACAUAUAAAAGGCGAACAUUCUCUUUCUUGGUUGAAUUCCUGUUUUCAGUAAACCUGGUUUGUGUAAAAGCUUGUAAGAAUGGAUUCUGUAACUUUACAUAACAAAAUAAUAAUAUAGGAAAUGCUGCACUACAUUGUAUAAAAGGUUUUGGAAAUUGCAUUCUUUUUAUUGGCUGGCUUUUUGGGUACUUUAUUAAAAUAUGAAUUUCAAAGCGUUAUAAAAAAAAAAGCAAAAUAAAAUAUGUUUAUAUUGUG